AAUAAGGUGAGUUAAGUAAAAAGAAAAGGAGGGAAUUUAUGAUAAUAUGAACAAAAUAAUCACCAACCCAAAUUUAGUUUAAAGAAAUUUGACCCGGGUAGAUAAGAAAAAAACAUUAGCAUCCAUAUGUUUCUUACUGUUCACUCAGCCAAUUUUCCUGUUUUUUCUUUUCAUCAUCCCUCUUUUUUAACUUCCAUAACAUAAUUAUUUGAGCAAGUUGAAGAAGAAAUUCUGAUAAUUUUCUGGUUUUUCUCUGUCGAAUUUGUUAUCUCACUUCAUAUUUUGAUCUGGGAUUUUACUGGUGAUCUUCCCAGCUAAAAGUUUUACAUUUCAUAAUAAAUGAAUCAUCUUGUGCAUAGUACCUCAUCAAAAACACGUUCAAUUUUAUCCUUGUACGUAAUUUUCUCUCACAUUAAAGUACCAAUCUAUUUCUUUUCAAAUUAUACCAUCAAUAACCCAAAUGUUCAUAAAAACCCAGAAAAAUUUCCCAGUAAAUUUCCUCCUUGUUCAUCAUUUUUGGCUCAACAUAAUAACAUAAAACCAAAAAUAUCAAGUUUAAAUCUUUCCUAUGAUGAUGAUCAAUAUUGUGAUGUAAUUUCUUGUAAUAGAAUGAUUACGAGAUAUGUUAGAGCAGCUGAUUUAGAAUCAGCUCUUAAUGUGUUUAUGAAUAUGCCUGCUAAGAAUACCAUUACUUGGAAUUCAUUGUUAGCUGGGUAUUCCAAAAAACUUGGAACACUAUCAGAUGCCCGCCAACUGUUUGAUAAAAUUCCUGAACCAGAUAUUUUCUCGUUUAAUACGAUGUUGUCGUGUUAUCUGCGUAAUGGGGAUGUUGAUGGUGGUAGAUUGUUUUUUGACAAUAUGCCUAUUAAGGAUAUUGCUUCGUGGAACACCAUGGUUUCAGGUUUUGCUGAAAAUGGGAUGAUGGAGGAAGCACAAAGGCUGUUUUCAGCGAUGCCGGAAAGGAAUAGUGUGUCGUGGAAUGUGAUGAUAUCAGGUUAUGUAGACUGUGGGGAUCUACAUUCAGCUAUGAGAUUGUUGGGGAUGAAUCCAUUUAAGAGUGUGGUUGCCCAAACUGCAUUGAUAACUGGAUAUAUGAGACUUGGCAAGGUUGAAAUGGCUGAGAAAAUGUACGAGGAAAUGGACACAAGGAGUUCGGUGACAUGGAAUGCUAUGAUUGCCGGUUAUGUUGAAAAUUAUCGAGCAGAAGAGGCCGUUAAGCUCUUCAAGAUGAUGGUGGAAUCUAAGGUUGAGCUAACCCCUUUAACCAUGACUAGUGCUUUGUUGGGUUGUAGCAAUUUAUCAGCAUUCAUCUUAGGUAAACAAAUUCAUCAACUUGUAUACAAAUCUCUGUUGCACUGGGAUACCACGGUUGGGACAUCAUUGUUGAGUAUGUAUUGCAAAUGUGGAGUUUUAGAUGAUGCAUGGAAAUUGUUCUUAGAGAUGCCAAGGAAAGACUUGGUUACUUGGAACGCCAUGAUUUCAGGGUAUGCUACUCAUGGCUCAAGUCAGAGAGCCCUUGCUCUGUUCGAUAAUAUGAUGAGUAAGAAGAUUAAGCCAGAUUGGAUCACUUUUGUUGCGGUUUUAUCAGCUUGCAAUCAUGUUGGACUAGUAGAUCUAGGGAUGCAUUAUUUCGAUUCAAUGCAGAAGUAUUAUGGGGUUGAGGCUAGACCAGAGCAUUACUCAUGCAUGGUUGACCUCCUAGGUCGUGCUGGUAAGCUUAAAGAAGCUACCGAGUUAAUAAAGAAAAUGCCGUUCAAACCACAUGCUGCAAUAUUUGGGAGUCUUUUGGGAGCUUCAAGGAUCCACAGGAAUAUAGAGUUAGCUGAGUUUGCUGCUAACAACUUGCUUCGGAUUGAUCCAACAAACGCAGGAGCAUAUGUCCAACUAGCUAAUGUUUAUGCAGUUACCAAGAGAUGGGACAAUGUUUCUAGGGUUUGGCAAUCCAUGAAGAAUAAUAAUGUGGUGAAAAUGCCAGGUUAUAGUUGGAUAGAGGUAAAGAAUGUAGUUCAUGAGUUUAGGUCGAGUGAUACAGUACACCCAGAAUUGCCUGCAAUUCAUGAAAAGCUCAGUGAGUUAAAGAGAAAAAUGAAGUUGGCAGGGUAUGUGCCUGAUCUUGGAUAUGAGUUGCAUAACAUUGAUGAGGAGCAUAAACAAAAGCUGCUACUAUGGCAUGGCGAGAAACUGGCAGUCGCUUAUGGAUUGAUUAAGCUUCCCCGGGGUGUGCCUAUUCGUGUUUUUAAGAAUCUGAGAGUAUGUGGGGAUUGUCAUCGAGCAUUGAAGUUCAUAUCGGCCAUAGAAGGGAGGGAAAUAAUAGUAAGAGACAAUACAAGGUUUCACCAUUUCAAAGAUGGGAGCUGCUCUUGUGGUGAUUACUGGUGAGCAUGACAAAGAAACAAGAAAACAAUAGAUUGAUGGGUUGUGCAUACAUGUACCUUAGAGCUCAUAUAUCUCUAUUAUAUAAGGGAAGGGGAGCUAUGGUGUCCUCUUUUGAACUGAC